AUGAGGAGAAAAAUACUGAGACGGGGAAUCAUGAAGACGAAGCCCUCAUCAGAUCUGGAAUCACUGAGCACCGGUGGGGUUUUCACGGCCAAAGGAAGAACUUACCGAAGGGAUGAUGAUAAAGCUCACCUCAAAUGCACCUACUGCGGCGGUACAAGACAUACGAGAAAUGAGUGUUUUAAACUCGUAGGUUACCCGGAAUGGUGGUCGGAUGCUAAGAAAAAGGGGAAAAGAAAACCGGCACGUUUUUUAGAUCAAAAUUGGACCGGAAAAGCAGCGGUAGGAUGGAGUACAGAAGCACCCACAUCCAUGGAGGAAGGAGAAGCCAUGAACGUAUCAGGUACCAAAAUCAGAGAAGGCAACGAAGAAGAAGGUACCAGAAGGAGAGAAGGAGACUCCCUCACAAACGGCGCCUUCACAGUAGGGUUAAGGGGAGAGGGUGAGGCAGAGGGAGAGACCCCUAAACCCUUUAAAUGGGAAAGGCCCCUAAAAUGGGAAAGGGGGUCACGUGUGUCACGUGCCUCCUUUCUCCCGUCCCAAAAUCUUUCGUCCUCCUUUAAUACUUCAUCUUACUUUGAAGGGGGUUGGAUAUUUGAUUGUGGUGCCACCGAUACUAUGUCAUAUGACCCGAACGAUUUUUUGACUCUUGACCUACCUACGAAAGACAUCAUUAAAACGGCUAAUGGGGAAGGGAUUAAAGUGAGCGGAGCUGGAACUAUUUCUUUCACUAAAAAUCUCACUUUAAAAAUAUUUUUAUUCGUCCCUGACUUGUCACAUAAAUUAUUGUCAGUUAGCCAACUUACUAGAGAUCUUGGUUGUACUGUUCUCAUAAAACCCGGAUGUUGUGUUGUGCAGGAUGCUCAGACAGGGAAGGUUAUUGGGCAUGGGUUAAAAACUGAAUUUAAGUGUGAAAGUUGUAUUCUUGCAAAGAGUCACAAACACUCAUAUUUUACUAGUUUGAAUAAAGCCGAUAUGCCUUUUAUGCUGAUUCAUUCUGAUGUGUGGGGUCCCGCUCCCGUCACAGGAUUACAUGGUUAUUCAUACUUUGUUACAUUUAUUGAUGAUUGUACCCGAAUGAGUUGGAUUUAUUUCCUUAAACAGAAAUCAAAAGGCCUUAUACACCAGACCUCGUUUCCUAAUACACCCCAACAAAAUGGAGUGGCAAAACGAAAAAAUCGCACACUCCUUGAGAUGACCCGUGCUCUUAUGCUUGAUUCCCAUGCUCCCACUUAUCUUUGGCCUGAAGCCAUCGCCACUGCCAACUACCUUACCAAUAGACUUCCCACAAAGAGCCUUCAAUACCAAACACCCCAAGCCACCCUCCAAACCCAUUUUUCUGUAUCUUCCUCACAUACUCUACAUCCUCGUAUAUUUGGGUGCAUAGUCUUUGUUCAUUGUCCAGCUAGGGUACGAAAUAAACUUGAACCAAGAGUGGUCAAAUGUGUUCUUAUUAAGUAUGGUAGGAAUCAAAAGGGUUAUCGAUGUUAUGAUCCCUUAACUAGAAAGGUCUAUACCACCAUGGACUGGGAGAAGCAUAGUGACAAUCUCAGAUGGUUAGUCAGUCCGCGUUUGUCCAACCUAGACCCAAAAGAUCAAGUAGACAAUGCUACAGAGUUACCUCACCAAGACGUUUUGUCCACUCCUUUGCCACUACCAAUCCUGUUUGAUCAUCAGGUGAGUCAUACAAAUCUUGAUAAUACUGCCCCAGAUGCAACUAACAAUGAUAAUGUGAUUGUUGAUGAUUUGAAUGAGGAAGGUGUCACAGAUACAGUAGAAACAGGGAAUCAUGACAGUCAAGGUGCUGAUGGUGAAUCAUAUAUGUUACCUCCUCGUUCCACGCGAGGAGUUCCUCCAAGGAGAUAUGAUCCUGUGUACGAAGCAAAACGUUCGAGAUAUCCCAUUAAAAAGCCUGACACAGGAAAUUUGUCACAGAGUGCCUUAGCAUUUAAGGCAGCCCUAGAUGCAACCAAAAGCCCAACCACAGGCGAAGAACCCCUAACUUCUGCCCACUAG